AUGACACCCAGCGAUCAAAUGCUUCCUCCGAUUGUCAUAACGUUGGAUACAUCGUCUCCAGAAAUUGGCGCAACGUCAGCAUCUCCAAUGGCUACACCGGUAAAGACACGGAUUCUGUACUGCCGAAAAUGUGAAGGACAUGGUGAAAAAGUGAUUCUGAAGAACCAUGCACCGAGCUGUCCGUACAUACUUUGCGUGUGUAAAUCGGGAGAGCUUUCUUCGACGAAGUUCGCCGACUCGAACGUCCACUGCCCUCAAAUACCGACACUGUUCUGGCCUCCCGUCAGUGCAAUGCUGUUUAAAAUGGCAGGAUUUGGAGAGAACGAUCUCUACUCCCUAAUCCAUUCUACGCAAAAGUCGCUUUCAAAUUAG